UAAAAUGUUACUCACAAGCCAACGCCUGCAAGCCUAAUCCCAAAAAUAUGCUUGGCACCGGAGCAAACUGAGAAAAAAAUACUAAAAAACUAAAAUAAAAUCACAUAAAAAAAUACACAAUUCCUACAAGCUAAAAGUACCAAGAACUCCAUUAGCCUCCAGCAUGGAUGCUCGUAAACAGAAACGCCUUGGCGCCGCGCCAAUUGCAUCAUUCGAAAAGUCAUUCGAGGAUAGCGUCUCAUCAGCUACAACAACAAACAGCAGCACCACUAGCUCCAUAACAAGCAAUAGUUCAGCAACAAUAACAACAAUUAUGCCAUCAGCAGCAGCAACACAACUGAACGCAACAAAGUUCAACGCAAUGCAUGAACAAGAAACUAUGCUGAGCCUGGAGGCGCAGAGCAAUGGCGAGAAGGGCGAGUACUUGAUGGAGGAGCCACACGAGCCGCAUAGUAUAAGAAAAACAACAGUAACAACCGACACUACAACAGCAAAAACAAAAUAUGCUCAACAACAACAUCAUCAUCAACAACAACAACAACAACAACAACCCAGUAUUGCUAUAUCCGUAUCGGGGAGUGGCGUUAUUGUAACAGACGCAGACGCCACAACCAGCAGCAGCAACGCAUCUACCGUCGUACCAAGCAAUAGAAUUAAAUACGAUGGCAACAAUACGAAGCGACCACCAUCUUUAAAGGCAACUCACACGACCAACAACACCGCCACCAGCAGCACUACUGCCCUGGUUGGCAGCGAUGCAGUUGGUCAGCCGCAAAUGCAGCAGCAGCAGCAGCAGCAGCAGCAGCAGUUGUUGUCGGGUGUGUGUGGCAGCGGCACAUUUAAAGGGGCCACCACGCUUACCACACCCUCGACGCCGCGCAUCGAAUUGAGUCGUGCAUCGUCGUCAUCGCAUCACGAAGAGGAUAGCCGGGAAAGCAGUCCGGAGAAUGUGUUCGACCAGGUUGGCACUGGCACCCUACAGGAAACAAUCGGUGUGGGUUUUCGCGAAGAGGGCGCCCUGGAGUUGCGCAGUUCAACGGAGGAAUUGUACUUUAUGGAUCCGGAGCAGAAGAAGGAGGAGCAGGAGAAGUUACAACAGCAGGUCAAACGCUCGUCGCCGCAUAUUUUUAAAUUUGACGACCAUCAAAGUUAUUUGCAACAGCAUCAGCGCAAAGACUCCGCCAGCUCCGAGGUCGCCGCAUUGCUUUGUAUUUCCGGACGCACAAGUCGCAUUUCCAGUGUCGGCAGCCAAGGCUCGGCUGUGAGUCGUCUAUCGGCCGUGUCGGGCGUUUCACGUUCGCCCUCGCCACAUCGCAUGCUCUUGGAGACUUCAUUUUGUGGACCGAAGCCAUUGGAGAAUGUAUUGGAUGGACGUGUAUCAACCACGAUAGAGCCACCGACUGCCGAGCUGUUGGAGCAAGUGCUGCUCGCACGUAAACACGAUCCUACGCAAGCCAUGCUGGCGGAGGGCAUCACUGUGGAGAGUUCACCCCAGAAAAAGAAACCAGCACUGUCAAACGGUGAGGCUAAGCCGCCGCAAUCGUCGCAGACGUCGGUAAAAAGCGCUAAGAAAGCUGAGCGUCCUAAUGCGGUUGCUAUUGCAGCCGCUGCUGGUGGUGUGGGUAAGCCAACUAUGGGCGCGCAACGCAGAAGCAGCAAAAGUCCCGGUCAAAUGGUUAUCGGCAAGACACCCAGCGGCACGGAGUAUAUACGCAUCAAUCUGAAACCCGACUAUAUGUAUGACGAUAAAGGUAUUGCGGCCAAUGAGAAAGUUGUUGAGGCGCCCAAUAGCAUUGCACCGCUCUAUGCACGCAAUCAGAAGAAACCGGCUUCGCUGAGCUUAGGACGGACUGCGGUGGAUGAGCACCGUCUUACGCCCACCGCAAGCCCUAAGCCGACGCGGCACGGCAUCUUGGGGGCGAAGGACGCACACGGCAGUCGUUCACCUUCGCCCGCCACCGUCUCAGUAUCCCGAAAAAGCUCCUUCAGUUCGCUAUUUCGCUUGGGCGGCAAAGAUUCCCCCGACUCACCACGCGAGCGUUCACGUUCGCGCAGCAAAAGUAAAGAGCGUCAGACCCCACAAUCACAAAACGCCACGCCCAGCAAACAGAAAUCCGUUUUAGCGAUUUUCAAGCCGGGUAAACGUGGCAGCAACGCCGGCGCUGAUGCUAAAUCAUCGAAGAGCUCCUCACCAAUCGAUGGUCACGAACUUCAACAGCAGCUACAACAACAACAAAUGCGCAGCAAAACACACACACCAUCAUCAACUACCACAGGCGGUGGUUCGCGUCCCGCCAGCCGACUGCGUUACUACGACGAGCCGGUCGAGGGUGUAAUACACAUACCACUACAUACGCCACCGGAGGAGAAGGAGGCGCGUAAGCUACUACACGGCAUACAGCAGUUGAAUGCGGAGCCCAUGCGUCCGGUGCCCACGGCAAUAACCGCCAGUCAACUUGCUGCAGCUGCGGCCGCACUCAAACCGGUGGGUGCGCGCAAGGGCUCUGGUAGUGGCUCAUCGGGUAGUGGCCAAUCGCAGCCACGUGCACAGCCGGCGGACAAAUUGCAACAAAUAGAAAAUCUCGAUGCCAUACACACACUCUCACAGGACGAUGACAAUAAGGAGCGUACAUGGAGCUUGGAGGUGAAUAAGCAUAGCUCGCAGGACUCACAGGAAACAGCCGGUUCGGAGACAAGCUACGCAAGCGCCAUCAAGGUCAAUCUGCGUUCGAACUUGGCUAAUGUUAAGGAGCAUGUGGUGCAGGAAAAUGGCAUGGCCGCGGAGGCAGAAAUUCAUCGACUACCUUCGGUGGAUAGCAGUGGUGGCGGUGGCGGCGGGAUGAAGCUCGUCGAGACGGUGGCGACGGUCAAUGUGAACAUAAGACAAGUACAGCCUGAAAAUGAGUAUACGAAAGAGAAGCGCCGACUGCUUUUCACCACACGUCUGGGUUCGGGUAGCCAAGAUCAAAUCUUCUCAACACAGUUUAGCAUUUCAAAGACGGAAAGUCAAUCCAGCCAGCUGUCAGAGCAGAUGCAAGAGACAAUAGCAGAAAGUCCUGCUGGUACGGAAACCUUACACCGACAAGGAACAGUCAUACGACGCGCCGAGGAAGAGGUGGACGGCGCUGCCCACACAAAAUUAGCGGAAGCUAAAGAUAAUGCAAAAUUGCCGCCGAAACGGCGUACCUCUACCGAAGCCGCCACCGCAGCACGUCGGCAGAAGUCGAUCUCAACAUCGGAAGAUGAGAAACACAUCGUGCAAACUACAGUUACCGCGGUGGUUAUGCGUCACAAGGAGUCGUACGAGGAAACGCGUCGAAAAUCGCGCUCCACGUCAGAAGAGGACGCAGAGGUGGCCGCCGGUGGUAUUGCCAAUCAACGGCAUUCACGUUACUUGGAGAAUUUCGAUGUACGAAAAAAGUAUCACGAAAAUGUGCCAAGGAAACCGAAAAGGCAAAGCGUUUCCGAAACGAAGCAGAGUGACGGCGCAGAGGACGCGCACACAACUGCCGCCGAGCCGAGCAGAGAUGAGCAAAAAUCACAAAAACAACAUCAACAACGUAAACCAACACUGCCUCAACCGCCACCACCAUCGACUGCACCUUCACCAUCACCACCGCCAACUGCAGCCUCCGCAGGGGGCAGUCGUUCGCCUACACCCGUACAACGUGUGCCACGCUCGCAAUCGCAAUCACCCGUAGAUCGUUCCGGAAAGCAGACACCCGUUAAACCACCACGUACCACGACACCUACACGCCGCACACAUACCCCAGCCGAAAGACAAUCAAUGCCCUCAACCGACGAGCCAGUUGAAUCAUCUGAAAGUGAACGAGACUCUGACCUAGCUGGCGGCUCUUCAGCUGCAGCCGAUCCCAAACGUCGACACUUACCGCGGCACGUUGGCACCAUCGAAGAUCACGAAAGUACGGGUCUUGUGUCGCAAGAGUCUUUCGAUGAGCUUCCUUACGUGCCAACUACGCUACCCGAGGAGCGCGCUCAAGGCGUCUCACUCAUACCUAUGAAAGAUCGCGCCAAUAUGGAAUUGAAAACUUGUCCCGUGGAAAGACCACGCUCAACUACGCCGCUGAAUCCCUCACACUUGGAGGAAUAUUGCGGCAUAGUUACGCCACAGGACCAAACCUACGAGAUUAGCGGUUCAGCGCCGGUGCGCGGCGAAAAGCUGCGCAUUAGCUUGCCACGAAAAGACUCCACCAAAGAGCGCGUGCAAAGUGCAAAGUCACCACGGCGACCCUCCAACACAAGCGGCAAAUCUUGGUUUGAGUUUGCCGAAGAGGGGCUGCGUGCGACUGCCGCCAAUUUGGAACGAAAGGAUUCCAAGCAACAGCUACUACAGCAGCAGCAGCAGCAACAGCAACAGCAACAGCAACAGCACCAACAACAAACCGAAUUGGAGCUGAAAACGAAAGCUGCCACCAGCAAAGCGAUAACAACUACGGUACAGACCACACAGACCCAAGUAACACCGACUUCCAGCACCACAACGACGCAGCGAAAACUCUCCGGACACUGGAUUGAUUUCGAAAAUAUACCAGAGAAACGUAAGCCGCCUAAACGUAUCACAGCACUACCAAAAGAUGGCGUCAUUACGAGCACUACGAACAGUAGUCGCGCUCACGCCACCACAACGAGUGUUCAACACACAACGCACGGCCAUGCAACGGCACAUAGCCAUCAUCAGCCAGCACAGCCUGAUGUGACCAUGGACGGCAAGAUACACUACAACUACGUAAAGCCGGAGGACUGCCAGUGCGAGUGUCACGAGAGUAAGCGUGACGGCGCCGCUGGCGACGAAGCGGCUGCGGCUGCUGGUGAAGACGAGGUUGAAGGCGUGACCAGCAGCAAGUCUAUAACGAGUGUUGAUCUUCUGCAGCAAGGUGAGGAUAUGUUGCCGUUGCUGGAUCCCGACACGCAAGAUGGAAUUGAACCAAGUGACUCAUCGCGUGAGUACAGCUGCUAUACGGACGAUGAGAUGGAUGUACCAAUGCGUCGGCCCACAUCAAGCCGCUCGAAAAGCAGUUCCUCAAAGUUGGACGAGUUUCCGCGUCGUGAUGUAUCGCACAGUCCACGAAAUCGCAAGUUUCCAGACAAUCGCAAGUGAGUUCGUUGGGGCCUUGAGCACGGAGUUGCUUGCUUUAUCUCUCGCGCGUUUCGCGUUGUUGGAAUUUUUUUCCUAUCAAAAAUCCCGUUAGCUUAAUUAAGUAGAUGCCACUCAAAUGCCUUUCCAUUUUGUUAGCGCUGCUUUAACUCUUUUUAGGUAAACUUAGUUAAAUUUUUAAUAUUAUUAAAUAAGUACAUACAUACAUACAUAUAUUGGAGUAGUUAAAUUAUUGUUGCUUGAACAAAGUCUCCAUUGUGGUUCCGAGAAUUGCCACACAAACGAGCUGCAGCCCACAGCUUCAUUGGCCUCUCAUGGCACUUCGAAAUGAGAAGGAUAACACCGACUUUCUGAGCUCCCAGACUCAUAUCCAACCAGCGUAUCCAAAAAAAACAUGGAACGAACAUUCUUACGCAAAUGGAUCCGGUCGUCCGUUCAACCGUACAGAUUUCUUCCAUAGAGAACGAUGCCUUCGCUUCGGAUUCCUGAAGAGAUGCUUCCUCUAUACCUUAUAUAGAUUAUGGUUUAGGUAUCUAAUAAUAUUGACGUAACACUGUCUCUUAGAUGGAGUAAAAGUUUGCUUGAUCCUUUGGAGGGAUCAAGUGUGAAAGGAUCUGGCUUCAUUUGACGGUUAACGAAGAAAAUACGAAACAAUUGCAGCACUAAAAUCAAGGAGAAGAAGAAGUAGUAGUAUAUUUCCGACAGAUUCCAACUCUUCAAUUUUCUCCGCCGGAACCCUGUAUUAAAUCCCUUCAGAUAUCUAUACCCAUAGUUUUUCCAAGUGCGGAUAUGGUAAACCUACUGCUUCGAAGCGUCAUUUCUGUUAAGGAUUUCAGUUUUUACUCUGCCGACCAUCGAAGAUAUAGCUUUACAGUCCGUUGUCGGUUAAGAAUUUGGGUUUCGGUAGAAAACCCCCAACAAUCAAGGAUUUUUUACUCGUCACUUACGACAGGCUAGCAUUUCCACCAAUGAAACAAUGGGCAGGGGAAGAAUGGGCAGAUUUUACACCAAACCCCUGCCUUAAAAACUGCCUCAGAGCUUAGAGAAGCUAAGUUGUGACUCGUUUCGAGAUCUUACAAUGUAAGGAUUCUGCAGGAUAUUGGCUUUAUGCCUGAAUAUACAGAUCACGGCGUCCCAAUGCCUGGGUACAAUGAACUCAAGGCGAUGUGGGAGUGUGUAUUAGCAGGUUUUCUGUUGGGCACUCGUAAUCGGCCCUAGUUUGAGGUUUCCCAUCGAGUAUAGCGCUUUUCAAGUGUAGAAAUGGUAGAACCACUGUUUCAAAUUGUCGUACCUGUUAAGCAUCUCAGUAUUUACGCUGUCGGCACAGUUACAGAAGGGUUAGUACUGCGUAUGGUUUAUGCAGAGGGUCAUGAAUAUAAAAAGUAUAAAAAUGGACUCCUAAGACAACAUCACUGCAAGGAAGAAGAUGGAUUUUAUUCACACAUAGACACAAAUCGAUCUCAGCUGGGCGAUCGCUGGGCCAUUGUAAGUGACGUAUGGAACCGCAGUUUGUUUCUGGCCUAAUGUGGCUCAUGAAAGACGCAGAGAGCUUCUACCACUCAACAACUCAUAGCUAUGCAUAACUUUUGGUAGGGAUUCUGACUGAAAGAGGAUGCUGAAAUUGCGGGUUGAGCUAUAAUGCAGCAGUGGCAUGACUUGGUAGUCUUCUUACGUCGGACUACGGCUCUUGCACCUUUGCUCUCAUGCAGUUAACUAUUCAAGCGGGAUAUACGGUAAUACGUCGAGCCCUCUUCGUGGGUUUUCAAACGACUUUUAGAAUCAAAAAUCAGAAUGAAAAUUUAUAUUGUGGGAAGAUACAGCUGGAGAUCAUAUUGGAACCUUUAUUUCAAAUCUUAAUAAAAACACGCAAUGGAGACGAUUCGUUACUUUUGAAAAUGAAAUAUACUUUAAGCUUUUAUUUAUGAAAAUAUAUAAACAAUUUUACUGUGUAUUAGUGAAAAUUUGUAAAAAAAAAAUUUCAAAAUACUAUUUAGGUGAUGUUGAAAACUUAAACAAAUCCUGACAUUUUGUGGCAUAACAAAACCAACAAAAAAAAACCGAUUACUUUUUCAAGUGAACACAGAGACUUACUUCAGAUAUCUACUUACAUUAAAAAAAAGAAAAUUAUUUGAAAAUUAUAAGCAAAAAAUUAUAAAAC